UGAAACAGUUACAGAAUCGUGCCCCUGGUAUCACUCUAUCCUUGUUAUUUACCGAACGUUUCACAAGGAUGACAUGACACCUGAAGAACACUCGGGUGGGAAUCUGAACACGAGCUAAGAUAAGAUCUGCGGAACACUCAAGCGGGAAUCUGAACACACCUCUAGCGAAACGCGUGCGUCGAAUGACCGGUACUGAAGUAAAAAUACGUGACACAACACAGUAAAGUAAACGCGUGUUAACGCGCAUGUAAACACGACAUGACAGCUGAAAUCAGCGAUCAGAAAAUUAGACGAGAUAAACAAUCGCUAGAGGAAAAUUCAUUGUUUAUGUCGAACUCUCUGAGGCCGACCUGAGAGAAAUCCGAUGCCGCUCGGCAGCAAACCAAAAUGUGUCAAAUGCGGGACACAUGAGACCCCUCUGUGGCACUCGACUGACGCUGGGAAUUUGUGCAAUGCUUGUUUGGAGGAUGAACGGAAUGCUGAGGCGAGCACGUCUUCCAAAACGGACGAAGAGGAUAAAAGCGGCUCGCUGAAGCCUAGAAGGAGCACGCGGAUCACGAGAUAUUGUAACACGAAAACGAUAGGACCACACAGAAUUGUGCCCAAGGGUAAAGGUCGCAGGAAUCUGUUUAAGAAAACGCCAGUCAAGGCACCUACAGCUACUGCGACUCCAACUACCAGCAACUUUGUAUUUUACAAGGGCACAUAUUUUCAAGUCGGAGAUGUAGUCUCUCUGCAAGACGUAGAUGGUGGUAUUUAUUAUGCUCAGAUACGUGGUUUGUUAACGGACCAGUAUUGCGAAAAGAGCGCUGCCAUUACCUGGUUAUUGCCCACCACAGCGAGUCCUCCACCGGAAGAAGGUUUCAUUCCCGAGACAUAUUUAAUUGGACCAGACGAAGAUUUACCUCGUAAAUUAGAGUGUAUGGAAUUUGUAAUGCACGCUCCAUCGGAUUAUUUCAAGUUAAAAAACAGUCCCUAUCCACCUCCUCUCACAGAGAAAGGAGCGGGCUUCAUAUGGACGACUCUUAGAAAUGAAUUGGCCAUAUCUAAAAAUGAAUAACAUGUAUUUCUUACAUGUAAUGGAACGUGGAGCUAGACUACCAGACAAUCGAAAAGUUGCCAAUACUAUAGCUGAAUUCGUAGAUCUGAUAUCGUUUUAAUAUCUCUUAUUAUAUAUAAAAAAUUUAAGAAACAUUCUCUCAUCUUGCUCGAUUUCUUUUCUUGUUUAGAAACUCCUCGAAAUUAGUUUCUCUCAUAGUUCGUAUUUUCUUACCGGAAGAACCGUGACUCAAAAAA